AUGGGUAAAAGAAAAUCGUCAACGCGUAAACCAGCCAAAAAGAUCAAGCAAACAUUGGAUGUCCAAUUCACUUGUCUAUUCUGUAAUCAUGAGAAAUCAGUGAUAUGCACAUUGGACAAAAAAAACCUAUUAGGUGAAUUGCAUUGCAAGAUAUGUGGACAAACUUUCCAAACCGCGAUACAUGGUUUGAGCCAACCCGUGGAUGUAUAUAGUGAUUGGAUUGAUGCUUGUGAGGAUUUAGCUGAAGAGGCUGAGAAAAAUGGACACGACAAUGGGGGUCACGAUGAGGAUGAUGUAUAUUCUGAUGAAGAUGGGGAUGAUGAUCGUGUUCGUGACGAGCGUCGUGGAAGAGAGGUUGACCCAGUACUAGGUUCCGAUAUUGAUGACGACGAGUAUUGA